AUAUUGGAAUUUAACUUUGGCAGUGGAUGAUGACAUCGAACAAGUCCACGAGAAAGAACACAAAGGAACGCACUUUGGCCUUUAUCCCCUGCUCUUGACAUCAAAACAUAAUCGCUCAAUGAGUACCCAGGCUUACUUUUCCUUCCCCAACGCAUCUGUAAACAUGAGCCGGAUUGAGCUGAAGAAAGUGUGCACGGAGGCGGAUGACGAGAGCAGCGUGGACGAUCCCUACACAGAACCCAUCGAUUCAGAGAAAGCCACCAUAAGCAGUCAGUUUCUGGACGAAGACGACGGCGAGAGCCAGAAGUUUCUCUCUAACGGAAUGAUGAUGAAGAAGAAGAAAUAUGAGCAGGAAGAAUAUCACCCGGGUCACGCGUCGUUUGGUAUGUCCGUCUUUAACCUCAGUAAUGCCAUCAUGGGCAGUGGCAUUCUGGGACUGUCCUUCGCCAUGGCCAACACUGGCAUCUUGCUAUUUGUAAUUCUUCUGCUUGGAGUCGCUAUCCUGUCACUGUACUCCGUUCAUUUGUUAUUGGUGACGGCCAAAGAGGGAGGCUCGCUGAUCUACGAGAAGCUCGGAGAGAGAGCUUUUGGCUGGCCGGGAAAAAUGGCAGCAUUUGGAUCUAUAACUCUACAGAACAUUGGAGGUAAAACAUUUCUCGUUAUUGUCUUGUAUGAGCUGCCUGAGGUGAUAAAAGCGUUCCUCGGCCUGGAGGAGUAUUCUGGUGAAUGGUACCUGAAUGGUAAUUAUGUGGUGGUGUUUGUGUCCAUCGUGAUCAUUCUGCCGCUCUCCAUGCUGAAGAACCUCGGGUAUCUCGGGUACACUAGUGGCUUUUCUCUCUCCUGUAUGGUCUUCUUCGUGGGCGUGUUGAUCUAUAAGAAGACGAUUCUCCCGUGCCCUCUUCCCUUCUUUUACCAACACGAGUCGAACAUGAGUAUAAACGGCUCUGAUGCGUUGGAUCUGUACGCACUGCAGAACGCAUCGGCGCUUGCGUACGUCUCUGACGCGGCGAUGAACGGACCUCACCUGGAUCCUCACACACCUGUCCACGACACCACUGUCCAGUUCACACCUCACCACGAAGACGCCGAGAUGUGCACGCCCAAAUACUUUGUGUUCAAUUCUCAGACUGCUUACACUGUUCCUAUUCUGGCCUUUGCAUUCGUGUGUCACCCUGAAGUUCUGCCCAUCUACAGCGAACUGAAAGAUCGUACUCAGAGGAAAAUGCAGGCUGUAUCAAACCUGUCAAUCUUGGCAAUGCUGGUUAUGUAUCUGCUUUCUGCCCUGUUUGGAUAUCUGACAUUCUAUGAUCAUGUGGAGGCAGAGUUGUUGCACACCUUCACUAAGGUGUACAAGUUUGAUACAAUGCUUCUGUUGGUGCGUUUGGCUGUGUUGACGGCUGUGACGUUGACCGUUCCCAUAGUACUGUUUCCUAUUCGUUCGUCAGUCAUCACGCUGUGUUUCUCAGGGAAAACCUUCAGCUGGAUCAGACACUUCAUCAUCGCCGCUGUUAUACUGGCAUUUAAUAACCUGCUCGUGAUCUUCGUCCCCACCAUCAGAGACAUCUUUGGCUUCAUCGGUUCGUCUGCUGCCACAAUGCUCAUCUUUAUUCUUCCGGCAGCGUUUUACCUGCGACUGGUGAAGAGUGUUCCUCUCAGAUCACCACAGAAAAUAUCAGCGGCCAUUUUUCUGGUGGUGGGAAUCGUCUUCAUGAUCGGCAGUUUGUCUCUCAUCACAUUAGACUGGAUCCACAACCCUCCCGGCUCUAAAGGUGCUCACUAAACAGUGCACUCAGAAGGUGCUGAAACUGAAGCUCCCUCUCCAUCACGAGGACAUGGACGUUCAGUUUGGAUUGAACCCUGUGACUCCACCUCUCCCUCUGUCUCUUUUGUAAAGCUCUUGUUUGUUUAAGUUCUCAUUUAUGUUUUCUCAAAACUCACAUCAAGUCUAUCUGAGACCCGUGAACAGACUGAAUAGAUGAUCGAGACGUUUAAAGACCCCAUGAAAUCAAACGUUUUCAUGCAUGUCGUUGAGCUUUUUUCCUUUUUGUGACUAGCCAGACUGUUAAAAUGGGUUUUUGUUUUCGCCGAAACUGUUGUUGUGAUGCAGUUCAAUCGUCAGCUGUUGCUAUGUGUCGUUUUUAAAUCAUAUUUAUUGAAUAUUAGAUAUUAUUGAAUUGCUUGAAACAGACAUUUGAGUCUUUGAGGGUUAGAAGGGGUUGAGCCCUUUAAAAUGUCCUGCUUGAACUUCCUGUUUCAAUAGGAAACACUGAAACACUCAAAACUGCAUUUGUUUCAUGGGGUCUUUAAAAGAGAGAGAGAGAAGGAGGGCGAGAGAGAUUUGAGCCGAAUGAUUAAUCGAAUGAAAAGCACUUUUGGGUUUUAUUUUUUCUUCAAGACGUCAACGAAACAUUUUCAUACUCAUGUGUGACUUCAUUAGGCAACAUUAGUCAUUGAGGAUUUGUUAGUGUUUGUUAUUUUGAAAAGGAUAGCUCGCUCAAAACGGAGUAUUCGAGGACUAUUUCUUUUACAUUACCAUAUGAAUCACAUUUCCUCUGUGUGAGGGGGAAAAGGUCCAGUU